AUGACCCCAUCUGGAGUCCUGUGCCUCCUGGGGGCGCUGAGCCUCCAAGUGCUUUGGCUGAAGCCACCAGGGGCUCAGGGGGCUCCAAAUCCUGAUAACUCCCACUCAUCUAGCCCAGGCCUACCUCAGACAGCUCAGCAUCUCAGCCAGAAGCGCCUCAAAAGAGACACCCACAAACCAGCUGCCCACCUUGUUGGAGACCCCAAGGCCCGGAAUUCUAUACAUUGGAGGGCGAGCACGGACCACGCUUUUCUCCGGCACGGCUUCUCCCUAAGCAACAACUCCCUGUUGGUUCCCACAAGUGGACUCUACUUCGUUUACUCCCAAGUUGUCUUCGCAGGAUCCAGCUAUCAUCCUGAUGUUCCCCCAACCCCUCUCUACCUGAGCCAUGAGGUGCUCCUCUUCUCCUCCAAGUACCAGGUUCAUGUACCCCUCCUGAAUGCCCAGAAGUCUGUGUACCCAGAGCCCCAAGGGCCCUGGAUGAGAUCAAUCUACCAAGGAGCUGUGUUUCUGCUCACCCAGGGAGAUCUGCUAUCCACUCAUACAGAUGGUAUCUCUCACCUGCUCCAGUCUCCUAGUAGUGUCUUUUUUGGGGCUUUUGCACUAUAGAGAAAUAGAAAAAUAAAGGGGGAAAUGGCUUCAAGGCCAGAGACCUCCAUGCCCCUUUCCUCUAUUCCUACAGUUUCAAGCGUCUACACCACCAUCCCCUGCUUCCACCAUUGCUUCAGUUUCUUUCAAGUAUUUCCCUUCUCGGUAACCUCCAGAAAUAGAAAUAGGGUGGUUUGAAGGCACCUUAGAAUGGAGGUUAAAGUGGGGAUGACUACAUACACCUCCACCCCCCAAACCACUGUCAGAACCUGGACUGAGAAUUUCAAGUCUAACUAGAAACACCCAGACAAGAGUAAUUUGGUUGGCCGCCUAGUAGUAUGAGUGCGAGUUAGGCCUGGCCAUAGAAGGGACAGGGAAGGAAGGAGUAUUGGAGUGGGUAUCAGGGGUUGGUUGGGACAGGGAAUGGGAAAUUAUUUAUGAAUGGAGAUUAUUAAAUUAUUUAUUUAUAAAGGAGCAGAAAAUCAGAAGGAGAUAGAAAAAGGAGAAAGAUACCUCCAGAAGAGGUAUCAACUAGAUCCAGAGGCAAAAUAUUGACCUAUAUAGAAAGAAAAAGUAGAAAAGGAAUGAGGGAGGGAAGGAGGUGGUUCAGGUGAGAAAGGCUUUGUAAAAAUGGGGACAGCAGAGUGCUGGGAACCCUAUCUGGACCUCAGCAAAUUUCAAUAAAUAUUUUUC